UAAACAUCUGUGACAGACCUCUUGGGAGUUCUACCGACCGAUUCAAUGGCGUCCUCUGCUACGGUGCCUCUGGGGUUUCACUACGAGACAAAGUAUGUUGUGCUCAGCUACUUGGGGGUCCUUCCUCAGGAGCAUCCCGGCUCCUCACCCCAAGGGGUUCAACUAGAUAUAGCUUCACAAUUUCUGGAUCCUGAAGUUUUAUUAAAAGUUAAAUCUGAAAUUGAAGAAGAGCUAAAAGCCCUAGACAAAGAAAUUUCUGAAGCUUUCACCAGCACUGGCUUUGACCGUCAUACUUCUCCGGUGUUCAGCCCUGCGAACCCAGAGAGCUCCAUAGAAGACUGCCUGGCGCACCUUGGAGAGCAAGCGUGGCAGGGGCUGAGAGAGCCCCUGCAGACGGCGCUGCAGGCGCUGCUCAGCCGGCCGGUGACAUACCCGACGUUUCGAGAAUUUGCACUGGAGGCUGCGGGUCAUACCAGCGGAUGGAAUAAGAUCGCGGUGCCUCUGGUCCUGCUUCGACAUAUGCUUCUGGAGCUGACCCGGCGCGGCGAGGAGCCCCUGCGUGCCCUGCUGGAGCUCGGCGUGGCGUACCUGGAGGACUGUGCCGCUGAGCACAUCAUCCAACAUGGCGGCUGGGGUACCGUUUUUAGCCUUGAGCCAGAGGAGGAGGAAGACCCCGGCCUCAUCGCAGAAGACAGCAAUGACAUUUAUAUCCUACCCAGUGACAACUCCGGCCAGGUCAGUCCCCCGGAGUCCCCAACCGUGACCACUUCUUGGCAGUGCGAGAGCCUCCCGGCCUCGCUGUCGGCCAGCCAGAGCUGGCACACAGAAAGCUUGCCCGUGUCCUUGGGCCCUGAGUCCUGGCAGCAGAUUGCCAUGGAUCCCGAAGAGGUCAAGAGCUUGGAUAGUAAUGGCGCUGGUGAGAAGAGCGAGAACAACUCGUCUAACUCAGACAUUGUCCAUGUGGAGAAGGAAGAGGUCCCCGAAGGGGCGGAGGGGGCAGGGGUGGCCGUGCCCUCCCGGGACCCCCAGGCUGCCUUCCCCGCUGCCCCGCGUCCACACACCACUGCCCCUUCGCUGGAGGCCAGGGAACCCCACACACAAGCGGCUGCCAGGGAGAUGGCCAGCCCCGUCCCGUCUCUGUUUGUGGAGCUCUGUGAAGAAGAGGCGGAGGCACCACCAGAGGAGGGAGAGAGGCCCCCCGCGCCACUGGGUGAGGCACAGAGUCCCGGUGGGGAGGCCCAGGCAGCCCCAGGCCCCGAGGGCAGGGCCACGCUGCUGUUUGGAGGGGCUGCCGCUGUAGCUGUCCUGGCAGUGGCCUUUGGAGUGGCCUUGGCUCUGAAAAAAAAGUAGCUGCUUCUGGAGCAGAGGACGAUGAUGACCGGAUCCGAGGUUUCCCUCACCACGUGUGGAAUUUGAACUGCCAGCCGCGGAGGGUGCACUGCGGAAUGCCCUGGGGACUGGCUUUCCGCUCAGCAAGCAGAAGCUCAGUCGCACGUAGGGCUGCGGUAGGGGCUGCGUGGCCGGGCGCCAGGGCCUUGGCUUACGCUGGAUUCCGAGUCUCGUGAGUGAUGAUAGCGUCCCACACCUGGCACUGGGCGCUUGUGCCCCCUCGAAGGCCAUCUGGGCGGUGUAGGGGCUGGCAUGGCCAGCCCCCACAGCCCCCACGCAGCAAGGUCAGCCGGAAGUGUCUCAGACAUUGCCAGGUGUCUCCCGUUUGUCC